AUGGCGCACUACUCGCAGAGAGACGACCUCUUCCCCAUGGCUGGCGCCUGUCCCUGCCACCAGACAACCUUCACCAUCCACCUCGCCCCUCUCCUCGUCCACGCCUGCUACUGCCAGACAUGCCAACAACAGACGGGGGGUAUCCUCGCCCUCAACGCCAUUGUUGAGACGUCUGCUCUGCAAGUACAGCACGCCCCUCCGACAACACCACCAGGAUACCGCGAGCCCUUUGCCAAGGUCACCGGCGCAGACCAGCAGCCGCAAGAAGCCAUGGCCUUGAAGAAGACCUGUGUUCCGAGUCCGUCUGGCGUGGGGACAACCCUGGUUGGAUGCCCGACCUGUGGCACGACGAUAUACACCCACUAUGCGGACGCUGGACGCUAUCUCGCGUACGUGCGUGUCGGCCUCUUGGAGCGAGCCAGCGACAUCACACCUGACGCACACAUCUACACGGCAGAGAAGGCGUCCUUUGUGGCCAUUUCCGAUGGCAAGCCACAGUACAGGGGGUACUAUGCUGACAGGAGUGAACUGUACAGGGAGGAGGUCAAGGACAGAGUCGAGGCGCUGGCCGUCAUGGUGGGCCAGUACCAGGAGAUGAUGGCAAUGUGA